CACUUCUCUUCAACUGUAACGUUUUUGGGCUAAUAUUACGUAAAGGGGUGAAAAAAAAAAGAAAAAAAAAAGAAAAAAAUGGAUAUCGACGAAUUCCGCGAGCGCGGCAAAGAGAUGAUAGACUACAUCUGCGAAUUUGUUAGCACUAUAAAGGAUAAAAGGGUCACACCGGACCUCCAGCCGGGAUUCCUUAAACCAUUGCUGCCGUCCGAAGCUCCCGUGGACCCGGAAUCAUGGGACGAAAUUGUAAAGGACGUCGAGAACAAAAUUGUACCAGGGCUGGUGCACUGGCAACACCCGCGUUUCUUCGCGUACUUCCCCGCAGGCAACUCAUUUCCUUCCCUCCUUGGUGACAUUUUGUGCGAUGCCAUGGGAUGUAUUGGAUUCUCAUGGGCAUCCUCACCCUCCUGCACGGAGUUGGAGACAAUAGUACUUGACUGGUUUGGAAAGGCCAUUGGUUUGCCAAAAGAAUUACUGUACUUCACCGAAAACAGCCAGGGUGGAGGCAGUCUUCAGGGCUCAGCGUCGGACUGCAUCUUCGUAGCUAUGGUGGCAGCCCGCGAUCAUACCAUAGCUCGGCUAAAAGAAAAGCCAGAGUACGCGCACCUCGACGAGACGGCACUGCUGGGCAAGCUCGUGGCCUACUGCAGCACCCAAAGCCACAGCUGCGUCGAAAAGGGCGCGAGGGUUAGCUUCUUCACGCUCCGCAUUUUGGAACCCGAUGAGCACAGCUCGCUCCGCGGUGCAACUUUGGAACAGGCUAUUGAAGCCGACGUGGCUGCGGGCCUCAUUCCCUUCUUCGUGUCCACUACCUUGGGUACGACCGGCGGCUGUGCAUUCGAUAAUCUCGAGGAAAUUGGACCGGUUUGCAGAAAGUACGAAGAGAUCUGGCUUCACGUAGACGGGGCGUACGCCGGAAACUCGUUUAUCUGCCCAGAGUUCAGGUACCUGAUGGCUGGGAUAGAGUACGCGGACUCGUUCAACACCAAUCCGAACAAGUUUUUGCUGACCAACUUCGACUGUUCCUGUCUGUGGGUGCGCGACAGGAUGAAAGUAAUCAAAGCCCUGGUAGUCGACCCGAUUUAUCUGGAGCAUCCAAACGAAGAAUCAGCCAUUGACUACAGGAACUGGAGUCUGCCACUGAGUCGACGAUUCCGGUCACUCAAGUUGUGGUUCGUCUUGAGAAACUACGGCAUAUCGGGUCUGCAGGCCUACAUUCGUAAUCACGUGAAGGUUGCCAAACAUUUCGAAGCGCUUGUGAAAACAGACCCGCGGUUCGAAGUCGUCAACGAUGUGCUGUUAGGUUUGGUCUGUUUCCGAGCCAAGGGAACCGACGAUUUCAACAAAGAGUUUUUGAUGAACAUCAACGAUUCUGGUAAAUUGCACAUGAUACCUUCUGUGAUCAAUGGUCAGUAUAUAAUUCGAUUCGCCAUCGGUGCACCUAAUGCAACACUUGAGGAUGUCGAGAUUGCAUGGAGUAUCAUAAAAGAAAUACUCGCAGAUACGAUGGCUAGGAAACCCCACAAAAAGCACACAUUCAUUUCCCGCAUCGUGGCUGAUCCUGCAUCUCAAACUGGCUUCGCCAAAAUACCGCUUCUCAACAAGCCCGAAACUCAGCCAACGAUUGCUAGCCGCACUAGCCGCAGCCUGAAGUCUCAACCUGCUUUACGUUCAUGGGUAUCACGACCACUUGCCUAUUUGAAGCACACACGUGAUGCUGCUGAUACUGGCGAAUCGUAAUUAAGAUUUUCGUAUUUCACUUGGAUAAAAUAGUAUACCUUAAGACAUAGGCAACACAUACAAGCUAUCUACGCAGCGGCUACACAUCGCCCUACGCCUCUCCAUCUCGCACCAGGUCAUCCAACAGAUGAGCUUAAAGGAGACCCAUACGUAACUCCGGGGUCAACAGAGCUAGUUA